UGCAAAUAUGGAGGAAUAAAAGUUCUAAUGAAUGGUCACUUGUAGGAUUCUUAUCGAGUUUAAAAUAUUAAUAAUUACUUUAUAGAUUUGGCAUGACUACGAAGGAACAGAUCGAAGAAUUUCGUUUGACAAGAAAUUGGUCUUUUAAUCCACGUUGCGUGGUAUGCGGUUCUCAAUACUGGACUUCGUAUUACGGGAAUUUUGGAUGUAAAAGAUGUUUAAGAUUCUUUCUGAGAUGCGUAAUCCUGAGGAAAACUUAUAAAUGCAAAUACAACUCAGGAAAUUGUAGAAAUGUUUACUUCUCUGCGAUAACUUGUAAAUUCUGUUACCUGGAACGUAUGUACAGUUACGGGUUCCGGCCUACAAGGUUUGGUAGGCACGACGACAGUUGGUACAUGAAAGAUAAAAUAUCGUCGUUGCAUCCGGUUCGGGUGAUUGAAGAAUGGGAGUUACGUGUUCUACCGUAUUUUCAAGGAUUGACAAAUGUUCGAUCAAAUCUUAACGAAUUUGUGGUUUACAUUAAUGGGAAAGCCCAGGAAGCGAUUGAAUGGUUGAUUGAAAAUCCUCCAUCUUCUGAUAUGGAUUUAGAGGUUUUUGAUUACAAUAGAUUCCGGAAUAAUGCUUCAUGUAUGCUAAUUGUUAAAGAUUCAUUGCAUUUACACGACGUUCUGAAAUUUCGCUUCGGUUAUUACGAUCCUUAUAAAAUAAAGAUAAACGGCCACCAAUACCUUUCUUUAAUGGCAUUAACUGUAAUAAGGAGCUUGCACACAUCUGCUCAAGGUGAUGAAAUGAGUUUAGAAAUGCAAAUGCGAAUUGCUUACUUUGGCGAAUGGUGGUGAUGAAAAUGACUUUAAUUAAUUAAUUAAAUAAUUAUAUAAUAAUAUACAAACAAUUAUCGAAUUUGGAUACGUGUACUUUUAAAACACUUAAAAAAAAACUCUUCUGUAAAAUGAAUUAUUUCAUAAAAUUUUAUGGACAUUC